CCCAAAAAAGCAUGAUGGACCGCAGAGCUCAACUUUUUGGAAUCUCCGCAAAAAUUAUUUGAUUUCACGAAUGCUAGUACACCUAACAUCAUAAUAACGCCAUUGGGCAGUUGUGUUCCAACAUCCAUUUUGGAUGGUCCACUCUGUUGCCCAUGUUUAAUGUAUGAAAAAUAGAAUAAUACGGACUCUUUUGAGUCAUAAACUGGACUCAAGAGUCUUUAGUAGGGCCAUUGUGCGUUCGGCUACAUUGUAAUGCUUUGCUCUACCCUGCCCCCUGCUGGACAUUCCAGGCAGCACAAUAAUGUAUUUAUUGUAAAGUAUGUUCUAUAAAUAUAUAUCUACGGUCUAUAUUAAACCGAGUGGAUGAUAAAGCGAGAAAAAACAUGGGAAACUAUUAAUUUUCAUUUUUUAAAAUUUUAUUUGAAUUGUCUCCAUGGCGUCGUACUAAACGCGCUGCGUCGUUGCUACGGCAACCGACGUCUCCAACACAGCUGAAUGCAAUGAAAAUCGUCAUUUGAUUCGGUUUUACGAACGUUCCCAGUAGUUUGUCGGUCGUAUUUAGCGGUUGUUUUGCUUUUUCAGCGUGGCAUAGCUACCUUAUGAAAGCUUAUUAGCAAGAUAUGGAGACAGAAGUUAAGAAGGAGAAGGACACCCCUCUUGUGGCCAAAGCGACUGAUGCGUCACUUUUGGAGAUGUCACCUUCGGCUUGGUCUACUUUUGAGCUUCUGGAUGAGAUGCUGUCGCGGGGCAAAAUGAGUCGGACGAAGGUGGACAAGUUGAAAGCCAUCCACAGGCAACUGAGCGAUGAAGUGAAGAGUGCCCAAGAUUCGGAGGUCCGGCUUCUGGAAGAGGCGACGAGACUCCGCGCCGAGCUGAGGCGGCUGCAAGCCGACUCGGAGAGAAGCGAAGAGCCCGGUUCCUCCGAGGAGCCCUCGAGCGAGGCGGGCGAGUUGAGGCAGCAGCUCCAGCGGGCGUUCGGCGAGCUGAGAGCGGCCGAGGACAGAGAUUACGUGACACAGCACCAGCUCAAAUGGCUCCGGGAGGAGAAGCGCUGUCUGCUGAAGGAGAACGACAUCACGGCGAAACUUGACAUCCCACACGAACUGGAGAGCGCCACCGCGACCCUGCAGGACAAAUGUGAGAAACUGAAAAAAGAAGUGGCCCACAGACAGAUGGAAAUCAGCGCCCUGAAGGAAGACAUGGAAACGUACCAAAUGCAGACACUCGAGGAAGCGAAAGAGCUGGACGAAAUGAUGAAAAUCCGACAAAUCAAAGAGGCGGAGAAAACUCGGCUCCUCGCCGCACCUGAGCAGAUUUUAAAGGAGAUUGCAGAGAAGCGCUCCAUGAUGGAAGACGCCGCCAAGACGCUGGAAGCGACGGACGGUCGGCUCGCAGGCGUCAGGCGGCAAGCGGAGGAGGCCGAGGAGCAAAACGACCACCUCAGGGCACAAAAGGAGGAGCUGGCCAGGGAGCUGGAGGCUCUCCGGGCCCGAGUGGAGGACGGGCGGAGGAAGUGCGGCGAGAUGCAGAAAGAACACGACGUCGUCAAGGAGGAGGAAGCUGAGCUUCUGGGGCGCAGAGGGAUCCUGGAAAUGAAGUUGCAAAGCAUCAUGUGUGAGAGAAAGCUGCUAUGCGAGAGACAGUCCGUGCAGCUUAAAGAGAAAAAAAGGCAGAUGCGGGCCUUCAAGAGGAUGGAGCGAGCGCUCGCCACGGCCACCGAACAGCUGCGGCACGCGCAAUCCACCUGCGCCGACUUGCAAGCGCGGUUGGACGCUCUUCCGAAAAGAGGGCCCGCGCUCGCGCAGAGGAUGGCGCUUCAGAAGGAAGUGGACGCGCUCAAAGUCAGCGUUGAAAAACAGUUAACAAGAGCCGACAAGGCGAGCCAGAAGCGGCAGCAGUCUGGGAUCAUUCAGGAGCUGCUGAGGCAAUCGGACGCCCUGAGAGAAGAACUGCAUCACCUCCGAUGUCUGACAAGCAUCAAAGCGGAGGAGAGGGGCCAGAAGCACCGCGAGAUGCUCCGAGCCGAGCAAAUGAAGCGGCGCAUGCAGCAGGAACUGCGAGAGAAGGAGCUCAUCGUGAUGCACCACAGCAAGCUGAGUGCCAUGCUGCAGCGCAGAGUGCGGCAAUACGGCGAACUUUACGACGCCAUCGCCGAGGAGAAGAAUAAGUAUGUGGAGUUGAAGCGGAUCGCCUCGCAUGCCCUCACGGAGUUGACGGAGCAGGCCAAGGUGCUGGAAAAUGAGCUGGAGAUCCGGAAGAGUAUUGUCACCAAGAAGGACAGUGUGCUGAGCAAAGCUCAAAAGAAGAUCUCCGGUAGCCGCAAAAUGAGGGAUAAGCUACGCAACGAUAUCAACGAGGUUGCUCAGCAAAGACGUCAGGUCAGCCAGGAGCGCGAGGACAACGACGUGGAGUUGCAGAGACUCCGGCAAGUGAUCAACCUCCAGGAACAAGCGCUCCUCAACGUGAACAGGAACCAGGAAGGAGCCGUACAGCGGCGCAAUUUUCUCGGCAUUCAGCUGCUGGAGCACGAGGAGGUGUUGUUCGACUACCAGGAGAAGGUCAACUCGCAGGAGGCGGCCAUCGCCGCGGGCAACGAGGCCCUGGAAAACCUGGAGAGGGAAACCCGAGAGCUGAAGUCGGGCAUCAGCGAGGCGACGAGGCAGCUCUGCUUCCAAAAAAACCAAGUGCUGGUCCAGAAGAAGAUGGAGGACGAGCUCGUCACGCUGCAGCUCGAGAUGUUUGAGGUCCGAGACAAGACACUGGAUAAUCUCACCAAAACGGCAGAUUACAACGAGCUCAAAGGCACCGAUCCUUCGUCCCCCGAACUGGUCAAGAAAAUCGAAAAGCUGGAGGCCAACCUUGCCGAGAGGGAGAGGCAUCUUUUGGAGAAAGAGCUCCUCGUGGAUCAGGUGACGCGUCUCUCCAAGAAUCUCCAAGAACAGAAUGACAACUGCAAACCAGACAAACUGUCGCUGGCCCAGAAGUUGAACGAGCUGCGAAGCCACAUCAUCGACACCAGCCGCCGCUUGAUGGCGACGUCCGCGGAACUGUCCAUGAAGCAGGCGGCCGUCUUGUGCCUCCAGCAGGAAGUCCAAGAGAGAGAGCUUCAGAUGGACAGAUGCCAGAGGCGCUUGGAGCAAGGCCUGCCGCCCUGCCCCGAGAUGGAGGAAGAAUGGAGGAGGAUGCUGCGGGACAAGAAGAGGAGACAGCGAGACAAAGAGGAGCGAGAGCGGCUGGCAGACGGCGACGAGUGGAAGCGGUUGCCGAGCGGACGGUACACCACGGCGGCGGGCCGCCCCGACGCAUACAUCCCCCACGCGGACACGCUCCCUCUGCCCAAACCCUACGGCGCGCAGGCCCCCUUCAAGCCCUCCCAACCAGGUGCCAACAUGAGACACAUACGCAAACCGACGCAUCUCAAAUCCUUGGAACUGUCGGAAAAAUAGACCCCCCCCCCAAAAAAAAAUCUAAAUUCCACUAUCUCUGAGCACUGUGCCUCCUUUUUAGCAUACCUGCUGUUGUUCUCGACAUGUUUUUUUCCUGUAUAUACAGACAAGAGCUUGCUGACAUUGCGUUUGGAUCGAAACGAGAGUGUGAGGGGAGUCUGAGAUUUCUUUUUGCAAUAUUUUCCCAUUUUUGUCUCCCAAUGUGCUACGAAUGCAUCGCAGAAGGUUUAAGCUCCGAGUUUAAAGCCUCAAAGGAGAAAUGUAAAUACGGAGGGGAUGAUCACACA